AUGACUUGUGGAAACCAGAGAGACCUGGCAAGGCAGACAAACAUGAAGAAAACCUCAGAUUCAACUAAGGGGAAACGCAAAGAUGAUGGAUUGUCUGCUGCAGCAAGGAAACAAAGGGAUGCUGAGGUAAUGCAACAGAAACAAAGCUGCAGCUGCAUCAACUUCUGA